UGCAAAUAUAUAAAGUAGGCUAAGUUUAAAUGUAUUGGUAUUGUUACUUUGCAUAAACUAAGUUUAUAUAAGUGAUAAAUAAGAAUAAAAAAUAACUUUCGCAAAGACGCUUCAUACUGUGGUUUUGCGACAUGACGCUGCUUUACAUUAUUUGACGGACACGCGGGUUUGCGACAUGCUACUCGAGAGCUGAACAAUGGAGACACAGGAACAUGAGGUAGCAUCUCCGCCGGCGUCAGAAGCAGAAACAGCUACGCAGGCAGCCCAAGAAGGACUUUUACCAAAAAGAGGGGGAACGUCUGUUAUUUGGUUACAUUUUGGAUUCAAGAAGUCUGACACGGAGCAGAAAACGGUAAUCUGCAAACUUUGUCAGCUGUAGAGCGUGCAGUUGGGGUCUGUAAAAAGGUGRUGAGUGCCUUCUCCAACUCCUGGAAGAGAAAACGUGACUUGRCCAAGGCUCAGGCAGUGCUGGGCUUGCCUCCCCAUCAGCUCAUCACUGAAACCCCCACAAGAUGGGGUUCACGGCAGCAGAUGAUCGAGAAGUUCCUAGAGCAGGAGAAAGCGCUGUCACAGGUCCUCCUUGCAGACAAGAAGGUGAGACAUGGACACUAGACAUUACACACAGAUUCUUUUCAUUGUGGAUUCUGAUUACGUUUGCAGCCAAGAUUCACAUCCUGAUGAAAGUAACCUAUUUUCUUUGCUAUCUCACUUAGGCAAGAAGUUUGGUGCCAAGCUGGCAAGACAUGAUGGUGCUAGAGUCCAUGAACAAGGCACUGGGUCCACUGUUCCGAGUUUAUUGAUGCUUUGUCCGGAGAGAAGUAUGUCACUGUAUCUUUUCUGAAACCAGUACUGCACCUCUUUAAUAAUGAAAUCCUCAGCCUGAAGGAUGGGGACACAGAGCUCACAAAAGCAAUCAAAGAGGGUAUCCUUAAGUACCUCAAUGAAAAGUAUGAUGAUGAUGCCACCAACAACCUUCUAGACAUGGCGACACUUAUCGACCCGCGGUUUAAGACAGACUACAUGAAGGAAGAGAGGGUGGAGUUCAUAAAGAUGAGAGCUGCAGCAGAGCUCAUAGACAUCUUGACACCAGCACCACCUGUAAGUGCAGAAACAGCAGCCACCUCCAUUUCAUCACCAGCUGCUGAAGAUGAUCCAGAGCUUCCUUGUCCAACAAAAAAAACAAAAAACAAAGAAGAGUUUAGGUAGCUACUUCAAAAAGUCAUUAGCAGCAGGCCAAGGCACCACCCAUGCUCAGCCAAGCAGAGCAUCCAUUGAACUGGAGCUCUCCAUGUAUCUUCAGGCACCCGGGCUUGACUCUGAGACUAACCCUCUUGAAUGGUGGAGGCAGCACGAGCUGAACUUCCCAUUUAUGGCUAGGCUUGCCAAGAAGUACUUAUGCGUUCCUGCUACUAAUUCUUCAUCUGAACGGGCCUUCAGUGAAAGCGGGAACAUUGUCACAUGUAAGAGGUCAUGUCUUAAGCCAGAUAGUUGACCAACUUGUCUUCCUUGCACUCAACUUAUAAACUUAACAGAAACUAUAUUUCUACUUCUACAAAGCAGCCUUUUGUGUUUGCACUUUUUUGAUGGUUCAUGCCUUAGAGUUAUGCUCAACUUUGAUAUUUACUUUUAAUMCUUUGUUGCUGCUAGUAUGGUUUGCAAACUUUGCACUAAGGUUACAUAUUUCAGAAACUUGAAAAAAUGUUUGUUUUUAUAACUAGGUUUUGUGCAAAAAUAUGUGCUUUUCUGUUCAGAAGCGCCAGAAACUUGGAAUCUGCUCUUUAAAAAACAUUUUUUCUACUUCUACAAAGUAGCCGUUUGUGUUUGCACUUUUUUGAUGGUUUAUGCCUUAAACAGAGUUAUGCUCAACCCUGAUAUUUAUUUUGGAUUCUUUAUGUUGCUGCUAGUAUGGUUUGCAGACUUUAC